AUGUCUGAGGGCCGCAUAUCACCAUAUUCGCUGAACGAUCUAAAGAACACGACCGACGAUGCUCUGGGCAACUACCUACGCGGACUCAACUUCAAGCAAGACAACAGCAAGCUCGACGUGCGAUUAGCGUUGGGAUAUGUUGCAGUUGUCAUUGCAGGCGCGACAUUCGCGGCAGAUUACAAACUAGGAUGGGAGGCGACUCGAGUCUGGACAGCAGUCGCCGUCGCGGUGUAUGUUGUACUCAACAGCGCCCUGACCUACUGGAUGUAUUUCGUGGAGAAGGGCCUGGUGUUUGAAGGCGAGAGGAAUGGUCACAAGACGAAGAAGCAUGAUCCGACGUACUACCUGGAGGUCUCCGUGACCAACCCGGGCUCUACCCCAAGCACAUGGCAGAUCAAGGCUCCUUUUACAACAUGGUUCACUUCCGACGGCUUCUUUGUGUCACAGCCAUUCCAGAAAUGGCUUGCUACAACCGUCGAGGUGAUUGGCGAUGCGGACCUGAAGAAUGCAAGCAGAGACGAACGUGAUGAGUUGGCAGCGCCCACUGCUCAUGUGCAAGCUCUUGACCAAGACAGCCAGGUCGGGAAUGUCACGGGAUCAGAUGCUACAAAAGGCAGCAAGAAAACGAAGCGAAAGAAUUGA